AUGACCUUCGUUCUGAUUGAGCCAGAUAUCGGUACUGAGAUUAAUGCCGCAUGCCCCGACCCAUUUACUUCGGUCUUGUCUUCGUCUUGCGCAUCUAUCGCCGAAGAUAGAUGGACAGCGAUAUUUCGCAUUUGGUUUAUCACAUUGUUCUAUUUCUACUGGGACCUUCAAGCUAUCCCCGUCUCUGUAUACCAAACAGAGUCGAAUACCAGUCCUGCAACAUUGUUUAUUGGUGGUGUAAUGCACGGUUUUGUUUUGGGUGGGACUCUUGAUUACGCUUUUACUAAGAUGGCGAACGAAUCUGGACGGCAGCUGGCACGUACUCUCGAUGUGUUGGCAAAUUGUCGAUAUCAGAUUGGCCAGUGA